UUUGGCUUCUAAUGGUAGCUGUAUGGUGAGAAUCGAUUUAGUUCGGUUUACGGCGAUCAAAGAUACAAACGCGAAAAAGUUUCUAUCUUGUGCGGCGCACGGCAUUCAUUCAAAAGUGAAACAGUGUCAGGAAGCGGAGGAACAGGAAUAUAACAUUAACAUCUACAUCUACAACACAAACAACAAAAAGUGAUUGAGCUAAUUUCCUGCUAAUUGCAGCAGGUGUUAAUCAAUUUGACGGCAAAUUGCAUUUUAGAGUUUUUGCAGGUCGCACUUUGCACAUGAGACACAAACUUAUCAUGAUGCAGUUGUCCUUGUUGACACUGCUGUUGACGUCAGGCGCAGGUCACGAGCAGCAGCUGAAGCUCGAGACGUCUCCCCCGGUGGUUUAUGCUGCGAGCAAGCCGCCCACUCAUGAACUACCUCGGCCGUUAAAGCCGCUCAAAGAACUGACCUUCGGCCAGGGUCAGAGCGAGAUAGCGAAUGAGUCUGAGAGUGAGAACGAGACGGAGAGGAAUCCGCGCUCACGUCGACCCACUCUGAUGGAUGUGGCGCUCCAACAGAGCGUGCAGAAAGGACUCAAUGCCAUGGCCGAGCUGUAUGGCAAGAUACAACCACAAAUGCUGCUCAAUGGUCAAACACUGCAAAACAAUCAUCCAGCCGCAUUGCUAUCGCGCUUCAACGCGCCCAACGCCGAUUCGGAGCAAAGGGAGAUGGCCGCCUAUGCAACGAUUGAAGCCACCAAAGCCUUUCGACAAAACUUCCAGCACAUCGAUGAGCUAGCGCGCCAGGCGCAUGCGCACAAAAUCUCAUUGCGCCGGACGGCGCUGGAGGGACUCUGUCCGGUGCGGGAUCCACCGCCCUGCAUGCCAGCAUCGGAACGAUAUCGCACCCAUGACGGCACAUGCAACAAUAAGCGACGGCCUCGCUGGGGCGCCUCACAGAUGCCCUUCAAUCGCUUCCUGCCGCCAGAAUAUGGCGAUGGCGUUGACAGCGUUCGCAGCUCAACGGAUGGCAGCACUUUGUCCUCGUCGCGAUUCGUCAGCCUGCUGGUGCAUGGGGCACGCGACGGUGAGGCACCGCUCACCCUAAUGAUUGCGCAGUGGGGCCAGCUGCUCGAUCACGACAUGACAUCAACGGCACAGCCACGCUCCAUCAAUGGCUCCAUACCCAGCUGUUGUGGUGGUAAGGACUUUCAUCCGUCAUGCUUUCCCAUCAAGGUGCCGCUAGACGAUCCGUGGCUGUCGCCACUGAAGGUUCGCUGCUUGGAGUUUUUGCGCUCGGCGCCGGCGCAACGUCGUGACUGUGUCUUGUCCUGGAGGGAGCAGACCAAUCAGGCCACAUCCUACAUUGACGCCUCGCCAAUCUACUCGAACAGCGCCAAGUCCUCGGAUAAUGCGCGUAUCUUUCGCAACGGUCAACUGAUCUAUGGUCGUGGUAAUGCGGCGGAUGAUGUUUGCCAGCGCGGUGCGAUUGCGACACAGUGCAUCCGAGCGGGCGAUGGACGCAGUGGUGAGCAGCCCGGUCUGCUGGCCAUGCAUCAUGUCUGGGUGGGCGAACAUAAUCGCAUUGCUUUGGAGUUGAGUGAGCUGAAUCCGCAUUGGAGCGACGAGAAGAUCUUCCAGGAGACGCGACGCAUUGUGGGCGCCAUGUUCCAGCAUAUCACCUAUCGGGAGUUUCUGCCCAUCGUACUGGGCAAGGAGGUAUGCAAGUUGUUUGACCUGGAGCUACUGAGCACAGGCUACUAUGAGGGCUACGAUUCCAAGACCAAUCCCACUGUGGCCAAUGCCUUCUCCUCGGCUGCCUUUCGCUUUGGUCAUUCCCUGGUGCAGAACUCCUACAUGAGAUGCGAUCGCCAUCACAAUGUGAUCAACAACAAUGUCAGUCUGCACAAGGAGUUCCAAAAUGGUGAUAUUGGCACAGCGGGUUCACUUCAUCGCCUGCUGCGCGGAUUGGCCUCCCAGCGUGCGCUGAAGCGCGAUGAGUUCAUCACGCCCGAGCUGACCAAUCAUCUAUUCCAGACACCAGGCUUUCCCUUCGGACUAGACCUGGCCGCCAUCAAUAUACAGCGUGGUCGGGAUCAUGGAUUAGCGCCGUACACCUCGUGGCGUGUGCCCUGUGGCCUAUCUCCCAUUCAGAGCUGGGAUGAAUUCGCUAAUGUGGUGGGUCCGGAGUCAGCCAAGAGAAUUGGCCACGCUUAUCGCAGCGUACACGAUAUCGAUCUCUUUGUUGGCGGGAUUGCGGAGCGACCCGUGGUGGGUGGACUGGUUGGUCCUACCUUUGCCUGCAUCAUAGCGCAGCAGUUCAGCAACUCGCGUCGAGGCGAUCGUUUUUGGUACGAGAACGGUGACUUCGAGAGCUCUUUUACACCAGCGCAGCUGCACUCGCUGAGGAGGGUAUCGCUGGCGCAGGUGUUGUGCCGGGCCGUGGGUGGUGGCACUUUCCAGCCGCACAUUUUCAUACCCGCUGAGAUGACGGACAACGAACGUCAGACUUGUGGCUCUGGCAUUCUGGGCUCAAUUGAUCUGACUCCAUGGCUAGAAAAAGAUCCGUUUCUAGUAUCCAAGCAACAGCCGGAUCAUAUAUUCAAUAUUUUGCAGUCGGAUUCAGGACAAAAUCAAAUGAGUGCCACGUCCUUUGUCAAGGAGGACAAGGCGGGUUUCUCGAACCGCAUUAAGCCGGGCAAUCCACAUGUGGACUUCAAUCCCAAUUCAGCGACGGGUUUUCUCCGACCCACAAACGGUAGCAUUCACAAAAUUAACGACAAACUCGAUCUGAAACGAAAGACUCUAACCACGACAAAGACGCACAACAACCGACAUGUGACACCCACUCGAAAGACAUCAGUUAACGGUAUUAGUAAUAAACUAGACAAAUCACCCAAACUUGGCACAAGAGUCAAAAACGUGAUCACCAGAAAGCCAGGGGGAUUAACACCCAAACGCACCGUAAUUAUUAACAAUGUACCCCUUGAGCUAAGAAGCGCAGCGGAGGGUAUUUCAACGACGACUGAGACAGAUGACGACACACACUCGAAAACAGCAACAGAUACCGACUUACCCGAAUCACGAGCGGACGACGAAGGACUUCUCACCAUGGACAGACCUGAGACAACGACAGUCCGUAUAGACAGACGACACUUGAACGAUACUGGACAAACUGCCGACGAGCUAGUUAAUACGAAGAGGGUGCAACGUCGGGUGAACAUCCAUGAGCUACUGAAGACAAAAACAACAGACACACCAGCGGUUAGUAAACUAUUGCACGCUCAUCGCAAUCGAACGACAACAACAGCACAAACAGCAUCAGCUACUACAGGAAGCUUUGUCCGGGUUAGUCGCACAACCAAAUCAUCGAAACUAUCGAGAACCACCAAACGUGGCAUCGAAUUACGCAGUCAUUAUCAGAGUCGUCCGGUGUAUCCACAGAAGGUAGUUGUAAACGGACCCAAUACAAACGAUCAGUACGAAAUCGAGAUAAACAUACGACAGACGAACAAGAGCCCUGUGACACGACCCAUUGGCAAUGAGUAUGCCGAUUACACGACUUCGACCAUUUACAGACCCAACUACAGCAACUACGAGAACAGUUAUGCACCACACUAUUUGGACUAUGGCAGCACCACGCCCGGCUACGACUAUUUACAAACGCAUAGGGACACGAUCUUGCAUUCGCAGAGAACCAAGCCACCGACAAUUAUCUACUUGAACGACAACGAUGACAAACGACUGACAACACGAGCACCGAACAUCUUUCAAAACUUUUUAACUUUUGCCACCAAUCCCUUCAAUAGACGUCCCACAGAGUCUCCCAGUCCGAUUUCUGUGACCCACAAGGAGCGUCCCUAUCAGGAGACCCAUGUAAUAAAUAACCCAAUCUCAAGCACACACAGUUUCACAGCUAACUCUGCGUAUGCACCACGUCCUACAGCUUCCCCUUUGUCACAAUCUUAUCCAAUUUCGAGUAGCUCCCAAAUAGGACCGAAUUCCCACACAAAUUUUCUGCAUGCGUCUAGCAGUGCCGUCAGCUCGGGACAGUUUGGCAGCAUUUCGGGAUCCGCUGUUGCCAAUGGAGCCGAUAGCACAUUCAGCUUUAAUAUACGUCCGCGUCCGGAACUCAAUCCGGUAUUUAGUUCAUAUCCACAUCCGCAGAGUUCAAAUGGCGGCUAUGGCUUCUCCUCGCAGUCGCCCUACAAACCGGACUAUUCGCACAGCCAGAGCGAGUUAUACUACGAUCGUGAGCUUGUGCAGCAGAAUUCUAGUCCCUUUUCCAGUGGCAGACCAAAGACACAGACUUAUUACGGACUCACGUCGGAACUGAAGGAGGCAGGUGGGGUCAUCAAUGAGAUUGCAAAGGCGGACCACAAACUGGACAUUGUACGUGACUUUGACUACUUGAGCCGAACGCUGGGAAAUGUGACCACGGACGAGAGUACCCAAGACACCACUGACGAUUAUGUCUAUGACGAGGACGAACCAAACAAGACCAUUGACUUCAUCAAGCUAGAAAAAAAGACGGCAAACCUGAUCACUUCAUCCUCCAGGAUCAGCGAUAAAGAUAACAUUAACUCAACGACGAACCACACAACAGCUGAGAGCCUGGACGAUAAUUUCGUACUGCCCAUACUGCUAGGGGACAACGAGACACAGACAACGUACAUGACUGAAAUGCCGAGACCUAUAAUGUCAACCACAAGGACUAACAGCAAGGUAACGGAUUUUCCAGACAGUGUAGGUAAGCAGUUGGGCAGCAACAUUUUAGCCGAAACUGAGGACUAUGACGAACGUGCAGCACAGGCUCAUCACGGACAGAAACAGUUUCCCAAUGUGGCCUUUGCGCCCAUCAACGUGCUGACAAAACCAGACAGACCCGACAAUUGGGUGAUCUUUAACAGAACAAACGAGGAACCGCUAUUGCCACCACCGCCAGCACUGAGUUCCGCUACGGGCGCUGAGCCCACUAAAGAGGUACCAAUGCCAUUUAGCAUGAUGCGCAAUAAGGAAAAAGAAGUGGACUUAAAUACGAAAGAAACCGAAUAGGAAAUGAACACUAGAAAUACCAAAUUUGCCUAAGUUUAUUUAAAGUAUUUUAUGAAAAUGUCAACUACGUUAUAAGCACCGUAGAUAAGUAAUUUAAUUCAUUUUUAUUUAAUUCAU